UAAAACCUCUUAUCGGCUGCCCCAGAGCGGCCUCUCUGGCUCUCUUUCCCUUGUCAGUAGCCACCUCACUCCACCUGCAACGCAUCCGCAGCCAAAACCUUCGGACCACCGGCAAUCCGAGCUCCGUUGAGAUCAGAAUCUCUCUGUAAAAGUUCCAAGGAAAAGAGAAAUGAACGCCUUCAAGGCUUUCAAAACUUCUGUCCCAAUUACAUGGAGCCCUAAUCUAUAUAUCACUUUGGUGAGGGGCAUUCCAGGAACGAGGAGACUUCAUAGGCGUACCUUAGAGGCAUUACGUCUACGCAAGUGCAAUAGGACUGUAAUGCGAUGGAAUACUCCUACUGUUCGGGGAAUGGUUCAGCAGGUCAAAAGAUUAGUUGUGGUUGAGACAGAAGAAAUGUAUAAGGCUCGUAAAGAUAAGGAAGCAAAACACCGUGCUUUACGUCCUCCCUUGGUCGUAGAUCACCAUCCUGCUCCUCCUGCAAGUGAUUCUCCUCAGUAGCCUAUGUAAUUGUUACUGGGAGAUCAGGUCUGAGCUUGUUAUAGAUGUAGGUCAAGACAAUUCUUCCAAUAGUAUAAUUCUUUUUGAGUUCCAAAUUUUGAUCAAGACGAUUUGUGCCUGCUUUUAAGAUCUAAAGUUUUGACAAAAUCUUUCACCUAGCUCUUUUUAUGGUACUAGGAAUUUGUUUCUUGAACUGUAAACUAUGGCCUAGAUGCCCCAUUAUGCAUAUGCAAUUGGUGGUUGAUUGUGUUUA